AUUUAGUAUUAAAUUGUAUUCCGUGUUGUUCAGUAUUUGGUAAAGAUUUUGUUGUUCAGUCGAAAUAUCGAUUAACAAACACAUUUGCUGGACAAAUAAGAAAUAAAUUUAAAUAAAUUUUAAUUGAAAUAUUAAAAAGAAAUAGACAAAAGAAAAGCGGAAUAACAAUGCGUGCUGCCUUAGGUUUAAAACAAGUAACUAGAGCUUCCACUUUGCAAAAUGUUAAACAUUUUGCCAGCUUAGCUGAGCCCAAGGAGCCCAUCCUUAAGACAGCCACUAUUCCUGGUCCCAAAUCUUUGGAAUUGAAGAAACAAUUGAGUGCCGUACAAAAUGCCGAAAGUGUACAAUUGUUUGCCGAUUAUGAACGUUCCACCGGUAACUAUUUGGCCGAUGUAGAUGGCAAUAUGCUGUUGGAUGUUUACACACAAAUUUCCUCUAUGCCUUUGGGCUAUAAUCAUCCUAGUUUGGUGAAUGUCUUCCAAAAUGAGGCCAAUCUCAAGUCGCUUAUCAACAGACCAGCUUUGGGUGUAUUCCCCAACAAGGAGUGGCCUGAAAAAUUGCGUAAUGUUUUGAUGGAAGUGGCUCCCAAGGGUAUGGAUAACUUGACUACCAUGAUGUGUGGUUCCUGUUCGAACGAGAAUGCUUACAAGAACAUCUUCAUGUGGUACAGACAGACACAACGUGGUGAAAAUGUUACCUUCACCGAGGAAGAAAAGAAUUCCUGUAUGGUUAAUAUGGCUCCCGGUGCUCCUAAAUUGAGUUUGUUGUCCUUCAAGGGUGCUUUCCAUGGUCGUACUAUGGGCUCUUUAUCCACUACUCAUUCCAAAUAUAUACACAAAAUUGAUGUUCCUUCCUUCGAUUGGCCUGUAGCUACUUUCCCUCAAUACCGUUAUCCUUUAGAGGAAAAUGUUGCCUAUAACCAGGAACAAGACAAACGCUGUUUGUCCGAAGUUGAGGAUCUUGUAGAGCAAUAUCGCAAAAAGGACAUUCCCGUAGCUGGUGUUGUUGUUGAACCCAUUCAAAGUGAGGGUGGUGAUAAUGAAGCUUCUCCCGAAUUCUUCCAAGGUUUACAACGCAUCUGCAAAGCCAAUGGCAUGGCCUUGUUGAUGGAUGAGGUACAAACCGGUGGUGGUGGUACUGGUAAAAUGUGGUGCCACGAAUACUUCAACUUGGAAUCUCCACCCGAUGUUGUUACCUUCAGCAAGAAAAUGCAAUUGGGUGGUUACUUCCACCACUCAUCUUUCCGCCCCAAAGAAGCCUAUCGUAUCUUCAACACCUGGAUGGGUGAACCUGCCAAAAUUCUUAUGCUUGAACAGGUCAUUAAGACCAUCAAACAGGAAAACCUUUUGGAACAGGUCAACAAGUCCGGCAAGGUUUUGAAGUCUGGUCUUUUGGAUUUGGAGAAAGAAUUCCCCACCAUUAUCAACUCUACCAGAGGUCGUGGUACCUACUUGGCCUUCAACUGCAAAAAUGCUCAAACCCGUGACGAUAUUAUCAAUAAAUUCAAAAUGCAUGGUCUUCAAACCGGUGGUUGCGGUGAUUUGGCUGUUCGCUUUAGACCCGCUCUCAUUUUCACCGAAAAACAUGCCAACAUUGUUUUGGAUCGUUUCCGCACAAUCCUUAAAGGAAUGUAAAUUUAAUUAACCGUUACGUACAAUUAUCUAAGCUCUGCAUACAUAUGUAUAAUUUAAUAUUAGGAAUAUACACACACAUACUUCUUGCACUCCAUGCUGCUUUUAGUCUCUUGCUAGCAACCAAAGAAGAAUAAAGAGAAAGAGAGAGAGAGACAUACAGAGUCAAAGAGUAUAUAUAAAGCAUAUUUUAAUUUAUUUAUGUUGCUUUAAUUUAGAGAGACAAUAAAUUAAUAAAUGUUGAUUGAAUAAAUUUGCUGGCACAAAAUAAGAAUAAAAUAAAAGAAAACAAAUACGAAAAUAACAAAUAAAAAAAAUUAUAAAAACUACAAA